GUUCGCCUAAAAUACGCAAAAAAAUUACGCCUGUUCUGCAGGCUAACGGUAUUUGGUUAAAUGUCCCACUAAUGCGAUCGCACUUCAUAUCGCCCAACUUCUUUGCUACUGCGAGAAAGCUAAUUUAUGCAGCCUGAUCGACUCAGGGAGGCAGAUUUCUUAUUGGUUGAAAUUAACAAUGCCAAGUCCACGAGUCCAGUCGUAAGUUCGGGGCAGGAGCGCGGGCUCCUUUCCUCUAACAGCGGCUGGUAAUCGAGCCCAGGAUGACUGAAUGAAUGACUGGUUGUUAGUCCAGUACGCUGAGGUGCGGGCCAUUUCCAUUGUUUCAGAAAGCUAACACAUCAAUCGAAAUUAUCGCUUAUCUCCCAAGGGACAGCUCCAAGGAACAAAACUGAUUACAACGCAGGUCUAUGGCGUGUAAACAGAGAAUAAUCAGAUGAUGUGUCUGAUCUUUCUUUUCCUAGACCAAUUUCAGAUUUCUGACAAAGUGCCAUUUUGAAAUCCUUGACGCUUAGAGACCUUGAAAAGGUUUUGCAUGGAAAUGUUUAAAUUCUCCGAAUUUGAUCUUGAGCGGACAACAAGAAAGCCUACAAUUAUCGUUUACACUUCUCUCGAUUCCUCCCUUAACAGGCUUUGCCCGUCGCCGCCAUCGGGCAAACACCGCAUCGGAUAGUGUUGUUUUGAUUUGAUAGACUCCACAGUAUCACAGUGACUUUUUCCUGCCAAGUUGGCUGGAAGUUUCUAAUUACAGAUGCAGACACUGACACUACCGACACUUACUUUUGAAGGCUUCUUGUGAAUUUUGUUGACCUGUUUUAAUACCGUUGCUACGUACAGAUCUAUCUGUACAGUGUAGUCGCUUGUUUUAUUGGCAGUGAUCGGUCAUGCUGGGUUGCGCCACGUAACACCAUAAAAAACAAUACCUCGAUAUAACGAACAUUUUGGUUGUUUUUCCGCAAAAUCGCUUGCGCUUGACACUUCGUUAAAUCGAGGUUCCGCUAAAGACCAGUGGGGCGGAGUCAUAACAAGCUGAGUGUCACGUGGACUAAAUUGCACAAUUGAUAUAACGUUGCGGGUUCACUAAAGUAACGCAAUUGGACUGCAAAGUUUAAUAAGGAUGGCGUUGUCGAAGCACUCCUCGGAUAUUGAGAACCUGCUCUUACUUAACCCGAAGAUAAAAUCGCAUGCAAGUUUGGUUUCUACAUCCACAACAAAAUCCAGCAGAAAACUAUGGAAGAGGAAUCUAGAAAAGGGCUGUUCUAGUUGUGAAAGUCUUGUGAACAACUUUGAUGAUGUCAAGCAUACAACACUGAGUGAAAGGGCAGCUCUGAGGGAGGCAGCAAGAUGUCUCAAAUGUGCUGAUGCACCUUGCCAGAAGAGCUGUCCAACACAGUUAGACAUCAAAUCUUUUAUCACCAGCAUUGCGAACAAGAAUUAUUAUGGAGCUGCCAAAGCAAUCUUUAGUGACAAUCCUCUUGGUUUGACAUGUGGUAUGGUAUGCCCUACAAGUGACCUUUGUGUUGGUGGUUGUAAUUUGUAUGCCUCAGAGGAGGGACCUAUCAACAUUGGAGGCCUGCAACAGUUUGCCACAGAGGUAUUUAAGAGCAUGAGGAUUGAACAAAUACGAGACCCCUCAUUGGUGCCAGUUGAUCAGCUUCCUGAGAGUUACCAGGCAAAGGUGGCACUCAUUGGGUGUGGUCCAGCAUCUAUCAGCUGUGCUACAUUUUUGGCUCGUCUGGGUUACACCAAUUUGACUAUAUUUGAAAAGGAAAAUUACAUUGGUGGCUUAAGCUCUUCAGAGAUUCCACAGUACAGACUUCCAUACGAUGCAGUUAAUUUUGAAGUGGAACUUAUGAAGGACCUAGGAGUGAAGAUUGAACUUGGUAAAGGUUUGGGCAAAGGUGGUUUUUCCAUUAAAUCUCUCAAGGAAACAGGAUACGAAGGCAUUUUUGUUGGUAUUGGUCUACCACAGCCCAAACUGUCUCCAGUAUUUGAGGAGUUAAGUAUUGCAAAUGGUUUCUACACUUCCAAAGAUUUUUUGCCUGUAGUAUCCAUGGGAAGCAAGGCUGGCAUGACUUGUUCCUGUAAGACAAGGUUACCAGAACUGUUUGGAAAUGUUAUUGUUCUUGGGUGUGGAGACACUGCCUUUGACUGUUGCACAUCAGCUCUUCGAUGUGGUGCUCGAAAAGUAUUUGUCAUAUUUAGGAAAGGAUUCACUAACAUUAGAGCAGUUCCAGAAGAGAUGCAGUUGGCUGUUGAAGAGAAGUGUGAGUUCUUGCCUUUUCUUUCACCAAAAAAGGUCCAUGUUAAAGAUGGAACAAUUUUUGCACUGGAAUUUUACAAGACAGAACAGGUUUGUCAUCACUGUUGUGCAGAACUACAAUGUACAAUGGGCGACAAUAGUGUUAAGACACUUUGCAGUGAAAUUAGAGACCCCUUGGUUUUCAACAGAAACAACGCAGCAACAGUAAAUAGCAUAUUUUGCCAAUUCAUUGAUGAAGCCAAAGGUGAAAUAGAAGCCUGGUCUCAAAGAAGCUCAGGCUGGGUGGUAAAAGCCGUUGUGGAAGCGUUCAUCAAUGUCGCCCAAUACCAACCAUUUCAUGGAGGCAGCUACAUACUGCCACCCAAAAAGCUAGAAAACAAAAAAGCGAUUAUCAACGUUAAAAACCGAGACAACCAGUGCUUGAGAUGGCCCCUGCGUGUGGCAUUAUUUCCACCAAGAGAUGGUAUGAACGUGUCAAGACCGUCAAGAUAUCCCACAGAAGACGGAAACGUGUUUGGCUGGGAAAAAGACAGCGUGAUUGUGCAUAGGCUCAGUGAAAAAGAGGGAAGCGUCCCGAGAAUCAACUUGAUGCUUAUACAGGACAAAGAAAAAUCGCACCAUACUUUCGUGAGAAGGUUGAGCAUGCUGCUACACGGCCAAAGCAAGCACGUCGGCAUAAAACAUUUCUGCGAAUGCUGUAUGCACGGCUACACGACGGCAGAGCUGCUGGAAAGGCACAAACCUGAAUGCAUGGGGCAGCUGAAAAGGCCAACGAGGACAGAGCUGCCCAAAGUGGGUGAAAACAAGGUAAAGUUCAAGAUCCACAACAAGCAGAUGACAGCGCCGUUCGUGGUGUACGCUGACUUCAAAUCGUUGAUAAGGAAGAUCCACAACUGUUCAAAAAAAGGUCAGGUAACGAUUAAAACAGAGGUCCACGAGCUUCGCGGUUUUUCAUACAUAAUCGUGAAAAGCAACGGCCAGAUGCAUGGUCCGUAUGUGUACCGUGGGAGAGAUGCGGUGUACAGCUUUUUGGCAAGUCUUCAGUACCAUGAAAAGCUGAUGAGGGCCAAGCUGGCUGACAAAAAGCCGAUCGUUAUGACGCCAGAGGACUGGCGUAAAUUCAAAAGCGUGACCGAAUGCCACAACUGCAACGAAAGCCUAGUAAAGACAGAGUUUAGAGACUCAAUAAAUGCGUUCAACCUGAACUCCGGCAAGUACCACAGCCAAAGCCACAAAAGGUGCUAUUGCCAGGUCAUGAAGGGGUUCGUGGGGCCUUUGAGAGAGAGAAAGCCUAAAGGCUACGAUAGCAAAGACUGCAUAUUUUGCAAAAAGCCGCUGUUAGUGAAAAACUACAAAGAUGUUGAGAAAGACCACUGCCACAUCACAGGAAAAUAUCGGGGGGCUGCCCACAAUGCUUGCAACCUGAAGCUCCGCAUAAAACCUAAAACGGUGGCGAUACCAGUGGUCUUCCACAACCUGAAGGGCUACGAUGGACACCUGCUGAUGCAGGCCACAGCGUGGGUGCAGGGAGAGACAAGCUGCAUUCCGAACAACCCAGAGAAAUACAUCUCCUUUUCGCUUGGAAACCCGAGGUUCGUAGACAGCCUGAAUUUCAUGAUGAGCAGCCUAGACGUGCUGGUAAAUGGCAGCACACCACAAGACAUGAAAAUAACAAAAAAUUGUGAAGACAGUGAGAAGAGAAAGCUGCUCCUGAAGAAAGGGAUUUACCUGUACGAGUACAUGGACAGCUUUGAAAGGUUCACCGAGACAGAACUCCCGCCCAAAGAAGAGUUCUCCUCGAAGUUGGCCGGGAAAGGGAUAACCGACGAAGAGUACACCCACGCAAAAAAAGACUGGGCUGAGUUUGGAUGCAAAACUCUUGGCGACUAUCACGAUCUGGUCGAGCUGGAGCUUUUGACAGACCUGGACCUGUUCAUUGAAAAAGACAUGCGGGGCGGCAUCUCCAUGGGAAGCAAGUGGUAUGCAAAGGCCAACAACCCACGGGCCACCGACUACGACCCAACCAAGCCGAACAAAUUAAUCAUGUACUUUGACGCGAACAAUCUGUACGGCUGGGCCACGAGCCUGCAGCUGCCCAAAGGAGGCUUCAAGUGGAAGAGAGUGAUGCCCACCGAAGAGCAAAUCAUGAAGCUGAAAGAAAACUCUCGGAUAGGAUGGAUCUUAGAGGUGGAUUUGGAGUACCCGGAGGAGCACCACGAAUCCCACAACAGCUACCCGCUCGCGCCAGAGAAAAAGGCGAUCGGGGUGGAGCAGAUGUCAAAGUAUCAAAAAAGAAUGAUGGAUGAUUGGGGCUGGACUUCCCGAAAAGCGAGNACCCGCUCGCGCCAGAGAAAAAGGCGAUCGGGGUGGAGCAGAUGUCAAAUCAUCAAGGCUAUGGCACCAGUUAAGUUUAACAGGUGGGGUCUUCCUGAAGUGGAUCCAAUCACAAUGAGCAGUAGUGAGCCAGGAGUGUUUUGUGGGGGAGAUAUUGCUGGAGUAGCUAACACUACAGUGGAGAGUGUAAACGAUGGCAAGCAAGCCUCCUGGCAUCUUCACAAGUAUUUACAGACACUUCAUGGUCUGCCAGUGGCAAAGGAGCCAAACCUUCCAAAGUUCUACACACAUAUAGAUGAGGUAGACCUGAGUGUAGACAUCUGCGGAUUAAAGUUUGACAAUCUAUUUGGUUUAGCGAGUGCACCUCCCACAACUAGUGCUGCUAUGAUCAGACGGGGAUUUGAAGCCGGCUGGGGUUUUGCUGUAACCAAAACAUUUUCACUGAACAAGGACAUUGUAACAAAUGUGUCUCCCCGUAUUGUUCGUGGAACAACAUCAGGUCACUUGUUUGGCCCUGGUCAAGGAGCUUUCCUUAAUAUAGAACUCAUUAGUGAAAAGACAGCAGCAUACUGGUGUCGUUCCGUUACUGAACUCAAAAAAGAUUUUCCCGAAAAGAUCAUAAUUGCUAGCAUAAUGUGUGGCUAUUCUAAGGAAGACUGGACUGAACUGGCUCAGAUGGCUGAGAAUUCAGGUGCUGAUGCUUUGGAGUUAAACUUAUCGUGUCCUCAUGGGAUGGGAGAGAGAGGCAUGGGCUUAGCUUGUGGCCAGGAUCCUGAACUGGUCCGUAACAUUUGCCGUUGGGUUCGAAGUGCCAUUAAAAUUCCAUUUUUUGCCAAGCUAACUCCUAAUGUCACGGAUAUUGUCAACAUUGCAAGAGCUGCUAAAGAAGGCCAUGCUGAUGGUGUCACUGCAACCAACACAGUGUCUGGCUUGAUGGGCUUGCGGCCAAAUGGUGCUGCUUGGCCAGCAGUUGGAAAGGAACAAAGGACCACAUAUGGUGGUGUGUCAGGGAAUGCAAUUCGCCCCAUUGCAUUGCGAGCUGUUUCUGCUAUUGGAAGAGCCUUACCUGGGUUUCCGAUCCUGGCUACUGGAGGAGUUGACAGUGCGGAAGCAGCAUUACAGUUUCUUCAUUGCGGAGCAUCUGCUGUUCAGAUAUCAAGUGCUGUACAGAACCAGGACUUCACUCUGAUCGAUGAUUAUACCACAGGAAUGAAGUGUCUGCUUUAUCUUGAAACUAUUGGUGAACUUUCAGCAUGGACUGGUCAAAGUCCCCCCACACCAAAGCACCAAAAAGGAAAAAAUGUUCCUAAGAUAGCUGAACUUGUGGGAAAGGGCCUUCCUAGUUUUGGACCAUUCCUGAAGGAAAGAGAAGCCAUUAUUGCAAGUCAUAAGGAAAAGGCUGAUUUGUUGUGUACGGAAUUAGAACCUAUGAAAGUCAGACCUGCUCUCAAACCAGACAAACCUGCCCCUUUGGUCAAGGAUGUUAUCGGUUUGGCAUUGAGUGGUAUUGGCAGUUAUGGUGACCUGGACAACAGUCAACAAGUGGUAGCUGUGAUUGAUGAAGAUUUGUGUAUCAACUGUGGCAAGUGCUACAUGACUUGUAAUGACUGUGGGUACCAAGCCAUUAGUUUUGAUGCUCAAACCCAUCUGCCACACGUAACAGAGGAUUGUACAGGGUGUACACUGUGUUUUUCAGUUUGCCCAGUCAUAGACUGCAUCAAGAUGGUCCCAAGAAUGGGCCCUUACAAACCAAGUCGUGGUGUUCCACUAGCUGUUAUUGGAGAAGCGUAAAUUGAGUAUAGCAAUCGUCUUUGGAAGAACUUUGCAGUUUUUGCCGUUUACUAACCAUGGAUUGUUUUAAAAAGGGCACUAAAUAUUUGAGUACACAAGAAUUAAAAUUUUGAACAUGCGAGGUUUUUCCUGACCGAAUUCAAUAUAUAAUUGUUUAGUUGGCAUCUUUUGGCGUUCUGCCUUACAUAGAUAAUUUUAGUUAUAUGUAACAUUGGUGAAAUACAAACGAUAUUGAGGUUUGCAUAUUGACAGUUUUAAUUUUAUGGGUAACUUUCUUUUUAAAAAAUUUAGGGAUCUGCAUGAUUUGUAAUUUCAACGGUGUUGAGGUAUACAGUCUGUUAAUUGUCAGUUAACGAUAGACUAUUUAAAACUUUAUGAUUUCAAUUCCGUAAGAUUUAUUUGGGAAGAUGUGUGGAAGGAUGUACUAUAAAAGUAAAGACAGGAAAUAAAACUGGCCAAAAAUG